AAUAACGUGUAGUGAUGUAACAUAAAGACGUUAAUUCUGAAAACAAAUUUCUCAUAUGACAAGAAAAUAGACAUAGCCUUAGCAGCCAUAUUGUUUUCGUAAAUGAACUGUGGUAGCGCCUGGGUGAAAGUAAUAUCAAUUUUGAUGAUUAAGAAUGCCUCCUAAACGUAAAAAAGUAGGGCGGCCCAAAGGUUCUAAAAACAAAAAAUCUCUCAACGGUAAGGUGUCCAAAAAGAAUUACACCUGUGGACUUUGCAAAAAAAAGUUUAUCUCUGAAGAAAGUGUGUCGGAACAUAGCAAAAUAUGCAAAAAAGCACUGUUACUGAACCCAGAUGUAAUAAAGGCGACAUUCAAAUGUGAAGAAUGUAACAAGAGGUUUACAUUUGAAGACACAUACAAAUCUCAUUUAGAAAAUGAACAUUCCAAAACCCCGGGAAGCGUAACAUGUAACCUGUGUCCAGUGUCUUGUCCUGACAAGAAAGUAUUAUCAAAGCAUAUUGAAAACUAUCAUGGUAGAGAUAUGUUUAUGUGUCCGCACUGUGACAAAUUGUUUACAAGACAAACUCAUGUAAUGAGACACAUGUCGCAGAAGGGGUGCGGUGGACAAAUCUCCCUGUACACAUGUGAAAUAUGUCACAGCUCUUUUACAAGAAAAGACAAUUUAAUGGUGCAUUUAAGGUUACAGCAUAUUGCCAGUAACCAUUUCUCUUGUAAACAAUGCCCAUACCAUACUAAAAACUUCUCUAAAUUAAUAAUUCAUUGGAUGAGACUUCACACAGAAAAACCUUUGAAUUUUGAAUGUGACCAUUGCGGGAAGACUACAAGGUCAAGAGCAGCAAUUGCAAAGCAUUUAGAAAUACAUGGCUUAAAGAAAUUUCGCUGUGAUGUGUGUGGAUAUGCGACAUUCACACUGGAGGUGUUGCGGCGUCACAUCCUGACCCAUGUGGAGGACAAGCCGCACAAGUGUGAGAUGUGUGGCCGCUCCUACAUCCAGCGCAUACAGCUUCAGAAGCACAUGGAGCGCCACUAUGGAUAUAUCUGUGGACAAUGUGGACACAAUGCUAACACUAAAGCUGGAUUAUUGAUUCAUAAACGGGAACAUUUAGACUUGAAGAAAUUGUCAUGCCACUUUGAGGGUUGUCCAUAUUCUAAAAAGGAAUUCAGAGAUGAGGCCAGCCUUAGGAAGCACAUCAAGGAUCAUGUAAAUAAUAAACCGUAUUCGUGUGAGGUGUGCGGCAAGUCUUUCCACAACGAGGCGUACAUGCGCAAGCACGUGCAGACACAUACACUGGAGCGACCGCGGCGCUGCAUGUACUGCGUGGCGGCGCGCGCCUACGUACGCGGUGAGCAGCUGCUGCGACACGUGCGAAUGCAGCAUCGCGCCAUCUUCCGCGAUCAUCUCACGCACGUGCGACAAGUGCUGGGAUCGAACGUGGGAACGGAGAGAGUAACGAAGUCUGAGCUGGACGCUAUCCUGAAUGUCCUGGAUGCGGAGUCGGAGCGCAUCAUUGAGGGCUACGGCACCGGCGUACUCUACGGUGGUAUGCUCGAAGUUGAAGCAGACGCCUCCACAAUAGACACUUCCUCUACCAACACUAAUAGCGAAAGCAGCCCACUGAUGUCAGAGGAAGAGCUCGCAGAAAGUCUCAAAAAAUUACUGAGUCAACUUAUUGAUAAAGAUACAUUAGAUAUUUUUGGAUGGCCGGAUGAACCAGUAGAUACGGUGUUAGAGAAAGUGAUAGAGCAGUGCGGCGCUCGCGCAGCUGACCGCGACAAGUGGACACGAGUACAACGACUGCGGGAGAACACCAAACACUUGUUCGUAUACGUAAUCGACGACAAGAAUAUUGCGCGCAUGCUCGACACUCAUACCAUAGACCAGAUCAUCAAACAUAUCCUCGCACAAGUAGGCACCAUUGCCACCAAUACUAACAAACAGUGAUUCAACGGUAUAGUGCCAUGCAAACUCUAUUCCGGCUCGCAAUUUUGUAUAAGACGCUGUGAAGAAUAUAAUUUUAGGUAUCGUCGAGGUAAGCCCAGGUCUCAUCUGUAAAGAUAUACGCUCGUGCGUAAUCACAAGCCACCAUAAAAUUUGAAUCUUAAUAGACCUUGUCUUGGUACUAUAGAUACUUAUAUAGAACUAUUAUAGAAGUAUAUCAUAGCUUAUUUUUAAGUUUAAGUAAUUCCAUUUUUUAAAAGCCACC